AUGGCUCCAGCAUCACCAGAUGGCCUCAAGGUCAUCAUCCUUGGAGGCGGUAUCGCUGGUCUCACCACUGCCCUCGCCUUGACGAAGUUUGCACCCAAGGGGCAAGUCCCCAAGAUCGACAUCUACGAGAUCCGACCAGAACCCGCGGUCAUCGGCGGCGCCGUCAACCUCACCCCCAAUGCCCUCCGCAUGCUGGACCACCUGGGUGCUUACCCGAUCAUGCAAGAGCGCGACUACGGCAAGAUCAUUGACUACCUAGAGGUCUUCGAUGUCUACUCUGGCAAGCUCGCGGAAUCGAGCUUCUCAGGACCAGACGGAAAGGGUAUUGGAAACCCGCCUUUCAAGGCUCUGCGUAUCACUCGCGGUGAUGCUCUCAAGGCUGUCUUGGCGGCUGUGGACGCUCAGGAGAACAUUACAAUGACUUGUGGCAAGAGGACGGUCAAGAUCGACGAGCAGCCGGACAAGGUCACAAUUCACUUCGAGGAUGGCGGGUCAGCAUCUGGUGAGCUUUUGAUGGGUUGUGACGGCAUCCACUCCGUCACUCGCCUGAAGCACGUCGAGCCAGAGCGCAAGGCUUCGUACUCUGGUGUGGCCAACGCUUUCGGCUUCGCUCACGUUGGUCCUGACUUCCCCGUCCAUUUCGAGUGCACAGCCAUCAACUUUGCUCGACGUGGUAUGCUUCUCACCUCAUACCACAGCUCGAAGAUGGACUCUAUCUACGUUGGUGGUCUGAUGCAAGUCGAGGAUGUGGGGUCAAGAGACGGGUGGAAGUCAGUCGGUGCAGAUGCUGAGAAGGUUCGCAAUCAGCUCCUUGAGCGAUUCGGUGACUCCAAGAUCCCUUGCAUUGUUCCAUUGAUCGAGAAGGCUCAAGACUUCUUCCUCUGGCCUGUGUACACUUUGAGCAAGCACGGCAAGUGGUCGACGGACCGUGUGAUGUUGCUUGGUGAUGCUGCUCACGCCAUGCCUCCUCAGGGAGAGUCCACUGGUAUCGUCUUCGAAGACACCGUCCUCUUCUCCCGCUGCCUCACCCGAUGGAUUGAAAAGGGCCGUCCUGGCAACAACCUGCGAGAGCCAUUCGAGGCCUAUGAGGCCCUCCGAAAGAAGCGCAUCGAGAUCGCGUUCGACGAGUCCAAGAACGUCGUCAGCACUGUCUCCGAUGCCGGUUGGGUGGGCCACACCAUCAAGACUUACGUCGUCCCUUGGUUCCUGUGGUUCACAAGGGGCUACCGUGAGAAGCAUUUCAUCGAGGACGUCACGACGGUGGAUAUCAAGUAUUAA